AUUAAUAUUCAUGAAGUAGGGUUCUUUGCGCAGCUGAGAGCGUGGAAAUGGCAGCGGGUGGAUCGUACAGUAUAGUGGAGUAUUUUGGGGGAGAUGGCGGCUAUCGCUGCGGUUACUGUAAGCAUGAAACCGGCAAUUUCUCACACGGCAUGUGGUCCCAUAAUAUGACAGUGCAGGACUACCAAGAUCUCAUCGACAGAGGCUGGAGGAGAAGUGGCAAAUAUGUUUACAAGCCUGUUAUGGAUAAGACAUGCUGCCCACAGUACACCAUCAGGUGCCAUGCUUUGAACUUCCAUCCGUCGAAGACUCACAAAAAGACCUUGAAGAAGGUGAACCGGUUCCUCUCCAAAGGAGAGAUGCCAGUAGAGAGGCAUGAUGAGGGACGUGAAGGUUUGUUAGAAGAUAUCAAAGGUCGUCUAAAGCCCUUCUCUUCCAUACUUCAGAGGACAGUGGCUAUAGCUGCAGGAAAAACCCAGUCGUUUUUGUCAGGAGAGCCCAUGGUCUCUGCGCAUGAAGAGGGUGUUCACCCACCUCCUCAAGACCCUCUGGAAGCAGACCAUAGUGAUGUACAGGACAUCAGCACCAGCCCAGACACAGACACCACUAACUCGUCUGCACCAACACCGGCCAGAGAAGAUGCAGCGCCCGCCCCAGAAGAGAAAACUCCUAAUGUUACACCCAAACCAGGUAAGGGAGCCGAUCCCAGCAGGCCUCUGGGUCGGAAAGCUAAGGACAUCAGGAAAGAGAGACGACUUCAAAAGGAGCAGCAGAAGCAGCCAGAAGCAAAGUCUUCCUCUGUGGAUCCCUCCCCAUCAAAAUCUUCAUCUAAUCAGCCCAAGUCUUUGGAGGAGUUCAUUACGGAGUCCUUACCCAAUGACCCUCUGCACCGUCUAGAGGUGAGGCUAGUGCGCUCCAACCCUCCCAGUCCACAGUUCAAAGCUUCGUUUGACGCCUCGUACCAAGUGUACAAACUCUACCAGAUGGUCAUUCACAAGGACCCGCCUGACAAACCUACCGAGAGCCAGUUCAAGAGGUUCCUCUGUGACUCUCCUUUAGAGGCUGAGACGGCUCCUGAUGGUCCUGAUGUGGGCUACGGCUCGUUUCAUCAGCAGUAUUGGUUGGAUGGCAGAAUAGUAGCUGUAGGAGUUCUGGACAUCCUGCCCUCCUGUGUGUCUUCUGUGUACUUCUACUAUCACCCCGACUUCUCCUCGCUCUCACUGGGCACCUACUCUGCUCUCAGGGAGAUUGCCUUCACCAGGCAGUUGCAGAAGCAGUCCCCCAAACUUGCCUACUACUAUCUGGGUUUCUACGUCCAUUCGUGUCCCAAGAUGCGCUAUAAGGGUCAGUACCGGCCUUCAGACCUCCUGUGCCCUGAAACCUACACUUGGGUGUCCAUCGAGAGAUGCAUCCCCCGGCUCGAGAUCUCUGCCUACUCUCGUCUCAAUGAGAACGCCCAUGAAGGUGAUGCUUGUGCACUUAAGGAACUGGGCAGGGUGUUAGUGCUCCACAGGAGGACAGUGAUGCCCUAUGUGGCCUACGCCCGUAAGCGGAAGGGUUCGAACGACGAGAAGGAAGUGGAGCAGUACGCUAGUCUGGUGGGCCAGACGUGUGCAGAGAGAAUCCUGCUCUACAGAGCCUAGAGCCCCUUCAUACCUUGCAACCCUCUGUCUGUCUUUCAAAACAUGAAAGUGUUUGUCCUCUUGUACACUUGUCUGUUUAUUGUCUUCCUGAUUGUUUAUUUGUCUUUUUUAUGUCUUCUCCCCAUCUGUGUGUACAGUUUUGUUAUGCUGUGCGGUGUCGUAAUCUCUUUGAACUCUACUUUUAGAUUUUCUGGCCGGCAGCGCUUUGUAAUAAUCACACUCGCACACAUGCAACACGCAGCCACGCACAUGUUAUCUCAUAGUGUAUCCCAAAAUAUUACCCAUUUACAAGUCACCAAUCACAUUUUAACUAGCUAUAUAACAAGAAAGGAUGUGCGAUAGGGCAGAUUCUCAUUCUGAAUCUGUUGGGUUGGGUAUUUCUAGACUGUCGUGACCCUGAAACAUUUGGCCUCUGGUGACAUGGAUUACCGCUUUCCCAAAGUCUUAAAUGUUCCCGAUAUUCUUGUUCUUCUAAAGUGACUAAUUUUAUCCAAAGCUAUGAUGUUGAGAGACUUUGCUGGAGGGUUGAAUCAAUCCAUAUUCCUGUGGAACAGAUUUUUAUUUUCUCACUUUGUCUUUCAGUUAUAAUAAGUAAUAGCUUGAGUGCUUUUAUUUUAAUACUAUUGUUUUCUUUCAAACAAAAUAAAAAAAUAUAAGU